AAGAUAAAAUAGAAAACAGUAGACAUAUUUUUGAAAAAAUGAAUAAUAUUUAUAAAUACUGUUAUGCUUUAAAAUGGAAAAAUGAAACAAAAGGAUUCAGUUGUUUAAAUGGACAGAUAGUAUUAGCACCUCUUCUUCCAGCUUCACAAAUUUUGUAUAAUUUACUUACACAAAAUGAUUCAAUAUUAGAUGAACCUUAUGUUAUUCAAAUAAGAACUUAUAAUCAGGUUCUUGCAUUUAUAUCUUUAG